CGACCGCUGUUGGCGCACCGACACGCCACUACCCUCUCCGGACGUCGAGACGCGAGCCGGCAAAACAUUUGACCCAAAUUCCCCGCGCCGUCGCAUGCCUCUCCGAAUGGCAUUUUGACAUCCCUGACGAACGACGGGGCACGAAUGCAACGUGCCCGCUUGCAUUUGGGCUUUUACUGUUCGAUUGAACGUUAUGGUUACAUGUCAUUAUUUGAAACUAAGUCAUGGCGAUGACGAGGCGCAAACUUUGCGUUUACAGUUUUGUUCAACAUGCACGACACGGACGGCGACGGAAUCAUCACGCUGGUCGAGUACAGGAAGGUGGUGGAGGAGCUGCUGUCCAAAAGCGGCGCCAUCGGGCACCAGGCGGCCAAGGCCAUCGCCGACGCGGCCAUGUUGGAAGUGGCCAGCACCAACGCGCCGCACAUGGCGCCGGAUGACUUCUACGAGGGGAUUACCUUCGAGCAUUUUCAACAGAUUCUCAAGGGUUUGGAGAUGGAGUCCCGGAUGCACAUCCGAUUUUUGGACGUGGACACCACCACGAUGCGCUGCGGAAAAGCAACCUCUUGACCACCUCGCUAACCGCUCGUUAUGUCGCCACACAAGCACAUCUGUCUCGGACUUGUGAUAGUUUAUUGCGCCAUUUCUGGAUUUCGUUCCAUUUUUUUUGCAUUACAGUUUAUUAGUAUCGUUUUUUAAAACACAAUUGAAUUGUUUGUGAUUUACUACAAUUGUGUGGCUUCACUUCACAUGCAUUAGAUUUGUUGGUUUUUUUUUGGGGGGGGGGAACAAAAACAACCAAA